CUCGUUGGUCUCUCCCUGGCGGUUCCUUCCAUGGCGGUCUCGUAGAGGGAAAGGAAAAAAGCUAGGUCCUGCAGUUGAAAAAUCCGAGAAGAAGGCAUGGCCGUGGUGGUAGAGACCACUAUAGGAGAUUUCACGGUGGAUCUGUAUACCGAGGAGCGUCCUCAAACCACGCGGAAUUUCCUGAAACUAUGCAAGCUCAAGUACUACAACUGGAACCUCUUCCACUCGGUGCAGACCAACUUUAUCGCGCAGACCGGCGAUCCCACCGGCACCGGGAAAGGUGGAGAGAGCGUGUACGGAAUCGUACUGGGUGAGAAGGCCCGUUACUACGAGGCCGAGCAGAUGCCCAAGAUCAAGCACGGUCGUAUAGGUCUGCUGUCCAUGGUGAAUUGCGGCAACAACAUGCUGGGCUCUCAGUUCUUCGUCACACUGGGCUCGGAGCUGCAAUCCUUGGACAACGAACACUGCGUGUUCGGAGAGAUCACCGAGGGACUGGAGGUGAUUCUCAAGUUUAACGAAACCAUCUGCGACGGAGAUCAAAGGCCGUAUCAAGAUAUAAGAAUAUCCCACACUGUCGUCUUGGAGGAUCCUUUCGACGAUCCUGUGGGACUCGUGAUUCCCGACAGAAGCCCGGAACCUACCAAGGAAGCUCUAAUGAGCGAUAGAAUUGGGGCGGAUGAAGCAAUCGACGAUACCGGUGGCAUGACCGUGGAAGAGAUUGUAGAAAUGCAAAGGAACAAGGAGGCGAAAGCGAGAGCCACGAUAUUAGAGAUUGUGGGCGAUAUACCGGAUGCGGAUAUUGCCCCACCGGAAAACGUCUUGUUUGUCUGCAAAUUGAAUCCGGUCACAAACGACGACGAUCUCGAAAUUAUCUUCAGUCGUUUCGGAACAAUAGUUGGCUGCGAAGUUAUAAGGGAUCACCAGACGGGCGACUCCUUGCAGUACGCGUUCAUCGAAUUCGCCGAUCGCAAAAGCUGCGAGGACGCAUACUUUAAAAUGGACAAUGUUCUGAUCGACGACCGAAGGAUACACGUGGAUUUCUCGCAAUCGGUCGCAAAGAUGCGUUGGCGUGGCAAGGGAAAAGGUAUCAAGUAUUUCGACGAGGACGACAAGACGAAGAGUUAUUCCUCGAGGAAAGCUGAGUCUUGGCGAGAUAAGGAUCAUGAUAACAAUAAGAGCAGAGAGGAAGGGAGAAGAAAAGAGAGCGAUAAAGAUCGCGUCUAUGAGCACAGAAAGCACGAACGCCGAAGAGAAGACAGAGAUACUAAAGACAGAAGAAGAGAAAAGGAAGACAGAUCGCACGAUGAUCAUUAUGAGAGGAAUAGGUACGACGGUGAGCGAAAAGAUAGAAGAAGAAAAGAGGAGCGACGGGACAGGAACAGUGAUCAGAGGGGGAGCUACAGCGACCGGAGAAGAGAUGAGAGCGAAGAGAAGUUGGAGAGGAGAGGCAAAAGGGACGAACAUGGUGACAGAGAGCGUCGGCAUCGUGAUAACGAUAGGAAAAGGCCCACGGAGGAUGAAGAUAACACGAGACACAGGGAUAGGUCGCACAAGCAUAAAAGAAAACGGUGAGAGGAAAAAGGACACGAAGAAGUUUCGAGUGUAAGAUGAAUUGGGAUUUGCUACCUGUCGGUUUCUUUUCUAUUGCGACGUGUAAAAGUAAAUAAAAACAUAUACACAGU